AUGCAUCGCUACAGUAUUCUGGCCCUUGUGCCAGCUGUGCUGGCAUGCACAAAUCCCGACACAGACGCGUGCGCUUCGUACAUGAGUGCAAACUCAGCAACUGCAUCGGCCUUCUGUGCAACAUUCACUCAGUCAACUGUCACGGCUACAGCUGCUUUACCAGCCUGGGCUUCAUAUUGCUCAAGCAAGCCAAGCGCUAUUUCAAAGGAAUGUACUUGUGCUUUCUCAGGCGCUGCUACCUCCACAACCACGAUAGCGACCAGUACUACCACAAGGGCUACGACUCUCACUACGUCCACAUCCACAUCCACGUCGACCGGGCCAUCAACAACAUCAACUGGCACUUGUGCAUCGCCAAAUUAUGCUCUCGUCGGCUAUGGUGCUGGAGCGACUGGCGGUGGUAGCGGAAGUGGUACGACAGUCACUUCUUGCUCGGCCUUGGAGAGCGCGAUUGAUGGAGCCGGUGUAAUCACAAUCUCAGGCAUUCUUGACGGAUGCGGUAUUCUCGACGUUCUCAGUGACACCACCAUCAUUGGCACUGGGUCUGAUUCCGGCCUCACCAAUGGAGGUUUCCGUAUCAAGAAGGCGAAUAAUGUCAUUUUGAGGAACCUAAAACUUCAUGUUGCGCCAGAAAGCAAGGAUCUCAUUGAGCUUCAAUACUCGACCAAUGUCUGGAUUGACCAUUGCGACCUUUCUACCAUUGGUAUCACCGGAGACAAGGACACCUAUGAUGGUCUACUUGAUAUUACUCAUGCUAGUGAUGAUGUUACCGUUUCAUGGACCAAAUUUCAUGAUCACUGGAAAGGCUCAUUGAUUGGUCACUCUGACAGCAAUGGAGAUGAAGAUACGGGCUACCUUCACGUAACCUAUCAUCAUAAUUACUGGACCAAUGUCAACUCGCGUCUCCCAUCCAUUCGAUUUGGAACGGGCCAUGUGUAUAGUUCUUGCUAUGAAGACAACCCGACAUCCGGUGUUCACUCACGCAUGGGUGCACAAGUCCUUGCGGAAGAGAACUACUUCCUAAACACCAAGCUGGCCCUUGUUACCAACCUUGAUAGUGACGAAGAUGGCUACAUUCUCGAUCGCAACAAUGUCUUUGUGAACAGCACGGAGAGUAUUACUCAGGUGGGAAGUUUGACGCCACCCUACAGCUACUCACUUGAUUCCGCUUCAUGCGUCUGCGAACUAGUCAAGGAAUACGCUGGUACCGGAGUUGUCGCAUAG